AAAGGCCUCGCAGGGUCAUAUGGCUGUGGAUGCUAAUAGAUAAUUGAGCAUUCAAGGGUAAUGAUAUAUAAUGUCAGCUUUGUAAGAUGCAUACCCAACGUCCUAACUAUCGAGUGCGCAUAAUCAAACGACGUACGCUUGUCCGACUAGCAGUCUCCACUGUAGAUUCGAACCGAAAGAAACGUAUUUCAAGACCGCCUCUUUUGAAUUUCAAACACUGUACAUUGUGUCGCAGGUGCGACGAUGGGAGCCAAUCUUCUCCAAGGAAAUCUUCAACCAGAACGCCGAGACCGAAGCUAAAGCCGAAAUGUGGUAACGCGCCGCCCAAUAUGUACAGUGCAGCAUCACUUAUGUGUAUAUGGGUAUCAAACGCCGUACAAUGCCGUAAAUCGUACAAGAAUAGAUAUCGUAGUGUCGUCUCUUCCUUCUGAGCAUACCGCUCAUGGGUUUGAGUGGACAAAACGUGCGCCCUGACAUGGCGAGUGAGCUUGUUUGAAAGCCUUUAUCCGACCUAACAUCCAUCCUGAUGUCCAUGUUCGUUCUUCUGCGGGUGGCUGGUGAUGGCCGAGCCGUAUAGAGUAUCCUAAUCGGCACUCUG